GCUAGGGAUGGGUGUGAGAGAUGGGUUAGUAGACAAAACGACUCGCUAAGCAAGCCUGAUGGCCUGAAUUCGAUCCCUGGAACCCACGGUAGAGAGGUAGCUAACCCCCUUCUAUGCCCACACGUGCACACAGUUGGCUUUUGUUUGAGACACGUUCCCUGUGUGGAGCCCUGGCCAUUCUGGAACUCACUCUAGACCAAGGUGGCCUGGAACUCGGAGGUUUACUUGCCUCUAACUCCAGAGUGCUGGGAUUAAAGGCGUGCUCCACCACUGCCUGGCUUAGUUUUUUGGUUUUUGGAGACAAGGUUUGUCUGUGUAACAGCUCUGGCUUGUCGUGGAAUUUGCUUUGUAGACCAGGCUGGCCUUGAGCUCAGAGAUCUGCUUGCCUCUGCCUCUUUUUUUUUUUUUUUAAAUAUAUUUUAUUUCUAUGUGCAUUUGUGUUUUUGCCAUGGGUGUUGGGGUCCCCUGAAACUGGAGUUAGAGACAGGUGUGAGCUGCCAUGUGGGUGCUGGGAAUUGAACUCUGGGUCCUCUGGAAGAGUCGGCGCUCUUAACACCUGAGCCAUCUCUCCAGCCCUUGUUUUGUUUUUUAAAGGCUAGCCAGGUACACACCUUUUAGUCCCAGCAUUCCAGAGAUAGAAACAGAAGGAUCUCCUUGAGUUCCAAGCCAGCCAGAGCUCCAUAGUACGUAGGUGGAUGUCCUGCUUUGAGUUAGAUGCACACUUCCUCUCUUUGGAGUUGUGGUCACAGAUCCUGUGGCCACAACCUCACCUAGAGAGGCCUGGGAAGAUUUGGUAUGGGUCUGGGUGAUCCUGAGAGGCCGAGACCCCAUAAGGGUCCUGUGAUAGGCAAGAGUGGGUGGGGUGUUUCUGGCAGGAAACGGAAGUGCCAGUAACUUCUACACUAGUUAGUAUACUUGAGAGCACCGGGGCUCACUUCUCACUCAACACAGCCAGAGUCAGAGGUGGGUGCCUACGCAAAGGCCAUCGGAUCAAUGGCUCUGCCUGCUCCCCUCCGAUGGAGGGUGCUGUUGGCCCUGCCAGGGGCCUUGGCCUCCGGGGUGGGCACAGAGGACGGUGCGGGCUCCAGCGCUGUCACCAUCGUCCUGCUGUUCCUGCUCCUACUGCUGCUUGUCACUGCCCUGGCCUUGGCCUGGCGCCGCCUCAGCCGUGUCUCAGGGGGCUACUACCACCCAGCUCGCCUGGGUGCUGCGGUGUGGGGCCACACCCGCCGCCUGCUCUGGGCCAGCCCUGCAGGCCGCUGGCUUCGGGCCCGCACUGAGCUGGGAUCCCCAGAGGAACCAGAGCAGCAAGAGGACGAACAGGAUGCCGAAGAGGAUUUCAUGAUGGACGGUGGCCCCGAGGAAGCUGGUCCCCGGGAGGAGGAGCAGCGGUGUGAGGCAGGAGCUCAAGCAAAGCAGGGCCCAGAAGCACAGGACACAGACAGUGAAGGGGGCCUGGACCUCAGCUCUCAAGUUCCUGUGGGCUCAGGCAGCAGCGCUGAGGCCCUUCUGAGUGACCUGCAUGCCUUUUCAGGCAGUGCAGCCUGGGAUGACAGUGCCAGGAAGGCAGGGGGCCAGGGCCUCCAUGUCACCGCACUGUAGGAGCCAGCUUGUGGGCCUGUCCCUGCCCCAGCCCCUGACUAUCUCUCUUCCCAUGUUGUCCUGAUGAAACACAAGCUUCCCCGGACCUUCACCAUCCCAUCCUCACCUGCAGCUUCUCAGACUGCCACCCGACCAGUUUCCCAGAGUGUGCCCCUCCACACACACACACACACCGGGCAGACACUGAAAAUAAAACUUCUCAAGUCCUGA